AAUCCAACUCCACUAGCUAAUCCAGAAAUAGAAUUUCUCAAAGCAUUGGGAUUAUUUGAUUCUCCAAAAAUUGCUAAGACUAUUUUAUCACCAGAAGCUGAAAGAGAAUAUCUUGAAGCAUUAGAAAUAUUAGAACCUAUUCCGCAAUUUCAUCAAACUAAUAUUAUUAGCUUCAGAUGUAAAUUAUUAGAUGAUCAUUAUCAAGUUGAGAUAGGAAAAGAAACAAAAAUGGGUCAAUCAGCAAAUUAUCAGCAGGGAUUAUUUGAUAAUAAAAUAGAAGAAGAUAAUGGAGAAAUAGAUUAUAAAGAAGUUCUAUUCAAAAAUAAAGCAGUGGUAGUAACUGCUAAAGAAGAUAUUCCAAAAAUUGUAGACGAACUUAUUUGGAAUAUAGAAAAUCGAAUAGAAACUUAUAUUUUAAAUUUCAAAGGAAUUCAAUUUCCAGUAAAAGCUGACAAUAAUACAAUAGAGAAAUUUGAGAAACAGAAUCUAUCUAUAUCAGUAUCAAUUUAUGGAUGGAGUGAAAAGGAACUUAUUCCAAUUAGAAUUGCAUCUAAAUCCAAAGUAUAUAAUAGAUAUAACCAUAAAGAAGAAAAUUGUCAACCACGUAAAUUGAUUAGGCUUUUAUUAAUUACUAGAGAAAAUCCUAAAACAGGAGAACCAUUUCAACAUUAUUGUUUAAUUCAAGGAAGAGAAGGAUUAGGAAAAUUAGCUGGAUAUACAACUAAACACAAUGGCAGGUUAUAUGUUUGUGAUUAUUGUGUAAGCCAUCAAACUCAAGAUCCCAAGAUUGAUGCUCAGUAUAUGAAAGAUUGUGAAGGAAUUAAUACUCCAGUCCAAAAAAUA